AUUGCACAUGGAGAGUAUAUAGUCAGCAACCUUAAUUAGGUCCCCCCACAUUUUAGUGGCUGCCACUUUAGAUUAUAUCAUUAAUUUCAACUUCCAUCCGAUUCGUGUUCCUACUUUAUUCCUUCCAUUUAACAAAUUUUUUCCUCAUACUAUAAUUAAAACUAUUCUCUUUUCCUCCUCUCUUCUCUCAACAUAGAAUUCAUUUUUCUACAAGAGUAUCAACCAUGGGUGGUGAAAAGACAGGGAAGCCCACCAUUAUGGUGCUCAAGGUUGAUCUUCAAUGUUGCAGCUGCUACAAGAAGGUUAAAAAAAUUCUCUGUAAAUUCCCUCAAAUUAGAGACCAAGUAUAUGAUGAGAAGGCCAAUACAGUUACAAUCACUGUGGUAUGUUGCAAUCCUGAGAAACUUCGCGACAAAUUGUGUUGUAAAGGAUGUGGAUUGAUCGAGAGCAUUGAAAUCAAAGAGCCUGAAAAGCCCAAACAGCUUGAAAAGCCAAAGGAGCCCGAAAAGCCCAAAGAGCCCGAAAAGCCCAAGGAGCCCGAAAAGCCCAAAGAGCCCGAAAAGCCUAAGCAGCCCGAAAAGCCCAAGAGCCCGAAAUGUCAACCACGUUGCCACCACCAGGAUAUUGUUGUGGAGAAUGUUAUGAAGGUUAUACCGGUGGCCCAUGUUAUCAUUUGCACGGAAGACUUGUCCCUCCACCCCCGAGAUAUUGUUGUGGACAAUGCUAUGAAGGCUCGACGGGGGGCCCAUGUUAUCAUUCGCACGGAAGACCGGUCACUCCGCCCUCAGGAUAUUGUUGCACAGAAUGCUACGAAGGCUCUACGGGGGGCCCAUGUUAUCAAUUGUAUGGAAGACCGGUCCCUCCGACCCCGUGUUACGAUAACUAUGGGCCUGGGCCGUAUGGCUACCGAAGGGGCUGUCGUGUGAGCAUAUGUGAUGAGUACUUCUAUGAAGAAAAUCCCACAGGAUGCUCAAUUAUGUAAGGUGGCUGGCAGCUUGAUUGUUAUAGGUCAUUAUCUAGGCUUAUCAAUGUAUCUUUUGAUUGGGCUCCUCUUAAUAUGGUUGUCUUUUUUCUUUACAGAUAGCUUUUUAUCAUCAUUUGCUUUUUCUUUUGUCAAAUAGAAUAAAAGUCGUUAACCCUCUUGUUGGUAAAGCUUUGAUUAAUAAAUGUCAUUUUUCAACAUUA